CUCAACUUUGACCAGAAUGGAGCAACCGAAGGGUGUUGAUUGGACAGUCGUCAUCCUGACAUGCCAGUACAAGGAGAGUGUUCAGGUCUUCCAGAGAGAGCUGGAGGUGCGGCAGAAGCGGGAGCAGAUCCCCGCCGGGACAUUGGUACUGGCUGUGGAGGACCCUGAGACACGUGUGGGCAGUGGAGGAGCCACCCUCAAUGCCCUGCUUGUGGCUGCCGAACACCUGAGUGCCCAGGCAGGCUUCACUGUGAUCACAUCUGAUGUCCUGCAAUCAGCCCGGAUCCUCAUUUUGCACAUGGGCCGAGACUUCCCCUUGGAUGACUGCGGCCGGGCCUUUACCUGCCUCCCUGUGGAGAACCCCCAGUCCCCCGUGGAGGCUGUGGUCUGCAACCUGGACAACUUGCUAGACAUCAUGACCUACCGACUGGGCCCUGGCUCCCCACCAGGCGUGUGGGUCUGUAGCACUGACAUGUUGCUGUCUGUUCCUCCAAACCCAGGGAUCAGCUGGGACGGCUUCUGUGGAGCUAGAGUGAUCGCCCUUGCGGGGAACGUGGCUUAUGCUCGGAACCACGGCAUCUACUUCAGUGACUCGCAGGGCUGCGUUUUGGACAUCUACUACCGGGGCACUGAGGCAGAGAUUCAGCGCUGUACCAGGCCUGAUGGGAAGGUGCCAUUGGUUUCUGGGAUUACCUUCUUCUCUGUGGAGACUGCCGAGCGCCUCCUGGCCACCCACGUGAGCCCACCGCUGAACGCCUGUACUUAUAUGGGUCUGGACUCUGGGGCCCGGCCUGUUCAGCUUUCUCUGUUUUUCGACAUCCUGCUGGUCAUGGCUCGGAAUGUGAGCAAGGAGGACUACCUGAUGGGGCGGCCUCCAGAGAUGGGACAAGGCGACGUGGGCCUAGCAGGCUACCUGCAGGGUGCCCGGGCCCAGCUGUGGAGGGAGCUCCGCGAUCAGCCCCUCACCAUGGCUUACAUCCCUGAUGGCAGCUACAGCUACCUGACUUCCGUAGCCAGUGAGCUCCUGCACAGGCUCACGCUCCCCGGAGGCCCCAGGACACAGACUGUGCACUCCCAGGUGGAGAACUUGGAGCUCCUGGGGGCUGGGAGCGUCGUGGUCAGCUGUCUGCUGGAGGGCCCUGUCCAGCUGGGUCCUGGGAGUGUCCUGCAGCACUGCCACCUGCGGGGCCCCAUUCACAUUGGGGCUGGCUGCUUCCUGAGUGGUCUGGACACAGCCCAGUCCGAGGCACUGCACGGUGUGGAGCUUCAUGACCUCAUCCUGCGGGGACACCUCGUGCGGCUGCACAAUGCCCCGGGACGGGUCUUCACCCUUGCUGGCUGUCGGGACAGCUGGGAGCGGCAGGGUACAAGCACAUAUCUCAACAUGCCUUGGUGUGACUUCUUCCAGAAGACAGGCAUCCGAGACUGGGACCUGUGGGACCCGGACACGCCCCCUGCUCAGCGUUGCCUUUUCAGCGCCCGCCUCUUCCCUGUGCUACACCCCUCAAGGGCCCUGGGGCCCCAAGACCUGCUGUGGAUGCUAGCGCCUCAGGAGGAUGGGGGUGAGGCCCUGCGGACCUGGAGGGCCACCUGGCGCCUGUCUUGGGAGCAGCUGCAGCCAUGCCUGGACCAGGCUGCCACGCUGGCUGCCCGCCGGGACCUGUUUUUCCGCCAGGCCCUGCAUAAGGCACGACAUGUGCUGGAGACUCGGCAGGACCUCAGCCUGCGCCCACUGAUUCGGGCCGCUGUCCAGGAGGGCUGUCCCGCACUCGUGCUAGCCACGCUGGACCAGGUUGCUGCUGGGGCAGGAGACCCUGGGGUGGCAGCGCGGGCACUGGCCUGUGUGGCAGACAUGCUGGGCUGCAUGGCAGCAGGGCAAGGCGGCCUGCGGAGCGGACCAGCUGCCAACCCCGAGUGGAUACGGCCCUUCUCAUACCUGGAGUGCGGUGACCUGGCGGGGGGCGUGGAGGCACUGGCCCAGGAGCGGGACAAGUGGCUGAGCAGGCCAGCCUUGUUGGUGCGGGCUGCCCGCCACUAUGAGGGUGCUGAGCAGAUUCUGAUCCGCAAGGCUGUGAUGUCGGCCCAGCACUUUGUCUCCAUGGAGCCUGUGGUGCUGCCGGCCCUUGGGCAGUGGGUGGUAGCUGAGUGUCCAGCCCGCGUAGACUUCUCUGGUGGCUGGAGUGACACGCCACCCCUCGCCUACGAGCUUGGUGGGGCGGUCCUGGGCUUGGCAGUGCGAGUGGAUGGUCGCCUGCCCAUUGGGGCCAGAGCACGCCGCAUCCCUGAGCCGGAGCUGAGGCUCGUGGUCGGGUCUCAGCAGGAUGAGACCACCAUGAAGAUUGUGUGCCGGAGCCUGGAUGAGCUUCGGGAUUACUGCCAACCUCACGCCCCAGGGGCCCUACUGAAAGCAGCCUUCAUCUGUGCGGGGAUUGUAAGCAUCUGCUCCGAGCUUCCGCUGAGCGAGCAGCUGCUGCACAGCUUUGGGGGCGGCUUCGAGCUGCACACCUGGUCUGAGCUGCCCCAUGGCUCUGGCCUAGGCACCAGCAGCAUCCUGGCAGGCGCCACCCUGGCUGCCUUGCAGAGGGCUGCCGGCCGGCUGGUGGGCACAGAAGCCCUGAUUCACGCAGUACUGCACCUGGAGCAGGUGCUAACCACAGGAGGUGGCUGGCAGGACCAAGUGGGUGGCCUAAUGCCUGGCAUCAAGGUGGGGCGCUCCCGGGCUCAGCUGCCCCUGAAGGUGGAAGUGGAGGAACUCACUGUGCCCGAGGGCUUUAUCCAGAAGCUCAAUGACCACCUGCUCCUAGUCUACACAGGCAAGACCCGCCUGGCACGAAACCUGCUGCAGGAUGUGCUGCGGAGCUGGUAUGCCCGGCUGCCUGCUGUGGUACAGAAUGCCCACAGCCUGGUACGGCAGACUGAAGAGUGUGCCAAAGCUUUCUGCCAAGGAAACCUGCCUUGUCUGGGCCAGUACCUGACCUCAUACUGGGCACAGAAGAAACUCAUGGCUCCAGGGUGUGAGCCCCUGGCAGUGCGGCGCAUGAUGGAUGUUUUGGCACCUCACGUAUAUGGCCAGAGUCUGGCAGGGGCAGGUGGCGGGGGCUUCCUCUACCUGUUGACCAAGGAGCCACGACAGAAGGAGGCUCUGGAGGCUGUGCUGGCCAAGGCUGAGGGCCUCGGGAACUACAGCGUCCACCUGGUAGAAGUGGACACUCAGGGCCUGAGCCUGAAGCUUCUGGGGGGGGCGGCCUCAACAUGA